CCUUCUGGAAAUCUGAGAAGUUUGAAAGAUGAAAUCAGCAGUGGGUUUUUCUUCCUGCGGCUCAGUGAGUGUCUGUGUGCGCGCACAGCGCUCCACUGGCUGAAACAGCACAAAAUCCGAGCAGAAUAUUACAGCGCCGCAUCUGUUCCCGUAGCAAUUAGGGAACCGAGCGGGCGGGGAGGUGCGGGGGGGGGGGAGUGUCCUUUUUGUAUUAACCUCCCCGGAGCCGAGUGGACAGGACCCAGCCAACCAUUGCUGACAUCGAACGGAGGCCCGAAGAAGCUGAAGAGGAGGGAGAGGGAUAUCUGUCGUUGGAAAAGAAAAUAUGCAAAAAGUUGCAGUUGGGUUGAUUGAAUGGAAAGUUCACACAGCCCCGGCUCACAGGAAAUACUGACGGACUGGAGAUUUGCGUUUGACAUGAGCUGAGAAACAACCGCUUCGGAUGCAAACAUUGUGGGGAAAUAAAACAAAGAAAGAAAGGAAUUCGGUUGACGGAAUAGCAUUUUUUUUUUCUGGAUUUUUGUCAGUGACUGGAUUGGAAAGUUGCCUCCAAGGUUGUAUUGUUCAUUGCAAUGCUGUAUUAGUGAGUGGCCGGAGGGAGCUCAUUGACUUGGGGUCUGUCAGUGCGGACCGAGCUCCCGGGAGUGGUAUCCCUCUGAGCAGCAGCAGCAGCAGCCCGAAGCAAUGCCAGCCCCUGCGGGGGAGAGUUUGGACAAUCCCUCCCUGGGAGAUCUGCACAUUUCCACCUCGGCCCUUCACCUUCCACUUCCCGUCGCUCGCGUCUCCCGAGAGGCGAUCCGGAAUUUCCACCACACCAAGCGGGUUGGAAGUUACCUGAUUGGGAGGAAGUUAGGCGAGGGAUCUUUCGCCAAAGUUCGGGAAGGGUUACAUGUCCUGACCGGGGAGAAGGUGGCUGUAAAAGUCAUUGAUAAGAAGAAAGCCAAGAAAGACUCCUACGUAACAAAGAAUCUACGGCGAGAAGGUCAGAUUCACCAAAUGAUUAGGCAUCCAAAUAUUACACAGCUUUUGGACAUAUUAGAAACAGAGAACAGUUACUAUUUGGUGAUGGAGCUAUGCACGGGAGGCAACUUGAUGCACAAAAUAUAUGACAGAAAAAUACUGGAAGAAGCGGAGGUAUGUCGAUACAUCAAGCAGCUUACUCUAGCAGUGGAACAUCUACACCGGGCAGGAGUGGUCCACAGGGAUCUGAAGAUUGAAAAUCUUUUACUGGAUGAAAAGAACAACAUAAAAUUAAUAGAUUUUGGACUGAGUAACUGUGCUGGUAUCUUGGGUUAUUCUGACCCCUUCAGCACUCAGUGUGGGAGUCCAGCAUAUGCAGCUCCAGAGUUAUUAGCACGCAAGAAAUACGGUCCCAAAGUGGAUAUAUGGUCAAUUGGUGUGAAUGCUUAUGCGAUGCUGACUGGCACUUUGCCUUUCACAGUGGAGCCAUUCAGCUUGAGAGCUUUGCAUCAGAAAAUGGUGGAUAAAGAUCUCAAUCCCCUACCUCCUCAUCUCUCAUCAGUUCUAUUGGUUAUGGUAAACAAAGGACAUGUUUUCGCCGUGUUCAUUAUUUCACCAAAACUUGGUUUUCAG